AGUCCUCUAGUGCCAUUGGUAGAGCGGGGUGUGAGUGACAAGCUCGUACUGCCUAUGAAGAAGGGAGGCGGUGGGAGAUUCCAACUCACGCCUCGUAGUCACGUGAGCGACUACGGUCUGCGUAGGGGCUCCUUUUUCAAACGUUCUUCCUCCGGCUUCGCUGAUUCCCAUCCAUGAAUCCGGUCGCCGCCGUGCCAGGUGCUCAGAGGCCAGCAUGUGCCGUGACGGGGGCUGCGGCGCCCACCCCCACAGCAGCCCCGCCAGCUCGGUCGCUUUUCAGACACGUGCACUACGAGAACUUGGUGGCCGGGCUGAGCGGCGGCGUCAUCUCCACGCUGGCCCUGCACCCGCUUGACCUGGUGAAGAUCCGCUUCGCAGUGAGUGAUGGCUUGGUGCUGAGACCAAAAUACAAUGGUAUCCUACACUGUUUGUCAACCAUCUGGAAAUGUGAAGGAUUGCGUGGCUUGUACCAAGGGGUGACUCCAAAUAUGUGGGGAGCAGGUGCCUCUUGGGGCCUCUACUUCUUCUUCUAUAAUGCCAUUAAAGCCUACAAGACCGAGGAUAAGCUGGAAAGCCUUGGAGCAACUGAGCACCUGGUGUCGGCUGCUGAGGCUGGAGCUAUGACCCUGUGUAUUACAAACCCAAUAUGGGUAACGAAGACUCGACUUGUGUUACAAUAUGAAGCUGGCAUUAACUCAUCAAAGCGGCAGUACAAAGGGAUGCUUGAUGCCCUUAUUAAAAUAUACAAGUAUGAAGGCAUCCGUGGCCUAUACAAGGGAUUUGUACCUGGUCUGUUUGGAACAUCACACGGAGCACUUCAGUUCAUGGCAUAUGAAGAGCUGAAAUCAAAAUAUAAUAGACACCUAAACAGGCGAUCAGAUCUGAAACUGAACACUUUGGAAUAUAUCUCUAUGGCAGCAUUGUCCAAAAUAUUUGCAGUUUCAGCAACAUACCCAUAUCAGGUUGUGAGGGCCCGUCUCCAGGAUCAGCACAACCAAUACUCAGGAGUGGUUGAUGUCAUUCGUAGAACAUGGAGGAAAGAAGGAGUUCAUGGAUUUUACAAAGGAAUUAUACCUAAUGUGAUCAGAGUGACUCCUGCAUGCUGUAUUACAUUUGGAGUAUAUGAAAAAGUAUCUCACUUUUUACUUGGCUUUAAGAAUGGUGACUAAAUAUUGAAGACUGCAUCAAAGAGGGCAUUAUGGUCCUUUGACAUUGUAUCAGUCAGAAACACCACACCACUGCCUGGCUUACUCCCAGAAGAUGGAGAAUAGAACAUCUUUUGUUAUGCUACAGACAUAUUUUGAACUUAAAUCUGCCGCCAUAGCUUGGAAUAUUAUUUCCAUUCUAACCAUGUGAGUGAAUGAAUAGAUACAGCCCAGCAGCAUUUCUUAAUUCUGAAUUCUUCUAUCAAGCCCUGUUUUUAGAAAAGCAAUGGACAUUUAAUUGUACAGCGGCAGAAAACUGUUGGUGUCAAAAUACUAGGUAGAAUAAGGCCACCACGAACUUAAUAUUUUCGAAGCAGCUUCAUGUGGGUCUCCACCUGGAUAUGUCUCUAAUAAAUUGAUCAUAUGUUGAUCCAAAA